AUGAAUAAUCCAAGAAGAAAUGAACAAAAUCGAGAUGACGAUUUGGCUAAAAGUCUAAUAAAAAAGUACAGUAUCCUUCAGCAACAGGCACAUAUUUGGACCAGAGUCUCCAAUUUUCUUCUCUACAUUGCCCUCUGUUAUGUUUUCUUUAGCGACUUCCCGUUCGUUUAUAACCGAUUUGUCUCGUUCCUGGUGGUAGUGCUUGUUUCAAUUUUCAUCAAGGAAUAUGCCUAUUUAUGGAAACUGGAAUCUCAAGAAGGCGUUGAAUAUGAAGAGGAUGAGCAGCCGGAAGAAGAAAACUUCCCAGAUCAUAUGGAGAAGAAGAUCGAAGAAAAAUUGAAAAGUGUGGAGAAAGCGGAAUUCAACUCUCUCUUCAUGGGAUGUUUAGUCUCCUCAACUUCGAUUUCCGAUUUGAAUUCUCUACACAAUCCACCGUGCAUUUGGACAUAUCGUGGUUACAAUUUCAAUCAUUUCUUUUAUUAUUGUUUAUGGGGGAUAUUGCUCAUCUGGCCAUGCACGGUUUUUCAAUUGUGCACUGAUUUAGAGGUGAAUGAGAACUGCAAACACCCUGAAGCACAAGAGUACAGUGUCCAAAACGUGAGAAGGAUCCGAAGCAAAAUCAGAGUAUUGCAUACAAUUAUAAAACUAAAGAUCAAAUUCUUCAUUGGAUACUUCUUGCUCUUCGUUAGUUUCAGUAUUCCUAGCUUUAUAUUUUUCACACUGAGAAUGGGAUAUGACAAAUGUGCCAAGCAGGAAUAA